AUGGAGAAGAAGAUAAAUGAGGAACAGGAAGGAGACUUUAUUACAAAUGAUAUUACAACAAUCUAAGUCCACCUAUUUGGUGAGGCUGGGAACUGUAUUGCAAAGAUGUAAAUUAUUCUAAAAUAUACAGAAAAUAAAAUGAGCAAUUUUAUUCCUAGGCAUAAGAUGUAGGAGUAAAUGAAUUGAAUAAGAAAAGAUUAAGAUAACUUAUUUCAAAAGAAUGUAUCCCUUUCAAAUAUAAAAUCAUAAAAGUUUAUCAGAAGUGA